ACCACAAAAGAUUUACACCAUUAAAACACCCCCAAUCCAAUCUCCAUAACCGAAACCAAAAAUAUGGAGCUUCUGAGACCACCAUUUCCAUCUUUCACACAAAACCCAACCAAUCUCAAAACCACCAAACAGACUUUCCGGACUAAAGUUUCAAUCAAACCCCCACCACCUGAAUUCAACUUCAAGUCGGAAAUCCUAUCUGGGUCUCGAGCCAUAAUAGCUGAAAUGCACCCAGAACUACUAGACUUAGCAGAUGAAGGCAACUUAGUUCUGAUUAGAAAGGACCAGUUUGGUCCUGUUCCAGCUUGGCGAGCUGAGUUUGUUGAGCCUGAGGUUAUUUGGUUACUGGGUACCAACCAUGUGUCCGAAAAAUCGGCUUUUGAUGUUGAAAGAGUUGUGCAGGUUGUCAAACCUGAUAAUGUUGUUGUUGAGCUCUGCAGAAGCAGAGCAGGAAUCAUGUACACGACUGAUACUGAGGUAGAACCAAGGCUAAAGUCCAACCCUUUUUCUUUAUCUGGGUCCGAGUUUUUUGGAACUGUUGGUCGCAGCAUUAAUCUAGGUGGUCAAACAGCUCUAGCAUUACGUAUAUUGUUAGCAACAUUUUCCUCUAGGAUUUCUUCAAACAUCAAUCGCCCUUUUGGGGAUGAGUUUCGUGCUGCAAGGAAAGCAUCUGAGGAGAUUAGCGCUCAGGUGGUACUAGGAGAUCGGCCUAUAGAAAUAACGCUUCAAAGGGCAUGGGAUUCGCUAAAGUGGAAUGAGAAACUAAGCCUCGUUACCGCGGUUCUCCGUGGGAUAACAGCAUCAUCAGAUCAGUCCAAGAAAGAACUUAAGGAAUCAACUACAGAUGACACUGAUUUUCAACUGUAUGAGCAAUUGAGUUUCUCAUAUCCUUCAUUGCUACAACCUUUGAUCCAUGAACGUGACACUUACAUUGCUUGGUCUUUGAAACGAAGUAAAGCCGUAAGAAAUAGUAAGAGAGUAGUUGGGAUUAUUGGACGAGGGCAUAUGAAUGGUGUGAUCUAUGCAUUGGUCUCUGAUCUUGGAGACUUGAGGUUUCGGGACCUUGUGGGUGAGAGGCCUGCAACAGACGGAUCAUGGAUAGAUGCCAUUGUCAAAAGCUUGGUGAGAGACACCAUAAUUGGCAUUGUGAUAUGGGCUUUGUAUGAACAGAUAAAGAAUUGAUGCAUACAAAACGCUUGACCAAAAUAUAUUGAUCAAGGGUUUGAACCAAAAAUGGGUGAAACCAUGUAAACAUUUUGCACAUAUCGAAAUGAAUUGGGUUGAGUUAUUCACUUCGUA